AUGGACGUCUACGCCGUCGUCUCCGUCAACGACGGCACCGACAACCUCAAGCAGGCGACGCCAACCACAUUGUUCGAAAAAGGCGGCACCAACCCCACCUUCAACAACUACACCAUGCGCUUCACCCUCGACGAUUCUCUACUACUCAACCCCCUCUCCUCCCUUCAAAUUCGGCUCGUCUGCUACCGCCCCCUCCCCCUCCGCCGUUUAACCUGGUGCAUCGCCGACUUCCGCGUCCCCUUCAAGGAGCUCUUUGACGACCACAACGGCAUGACGUUCAUCACCUCGUGUCAGGUCUGGGGAGUCUACGGUAGCCCCAAUAAGGGCGAGCUCAGCUUCUCUUAUAAGUUCGGGGACAAGUUGCUCGACGCUCCGGCCAAGAAGGUUCCGCCGGUAACGUCGUACGCAGUUCACCCGGGAUUCAAAGCUGCGUUAGCCAAGGUGAGGCAAGAAGCGGAAAAGAAGAAGCCUCGGAUGCAAGUCGAAGCUGUGUUUCUAGCAGCAGCCGGGUUACUAAUGUACGCUGUCUGCGGUUGUUAUUGUCGUUGUUGUUUGUGA